AUGGCAGAGUCCCCUCGGUCACACGGCAGAGUCCCCUCGGUCACACGGCAGAGUCCCCUCGGUCACACGGCAGAGUCCCCUCGGUCACACGGCAGAGUCCCCUCGGUCACACUGCAGAGUCCCCUCGGGCAUGGCAGAGUCCCCUCGGUCACACGGCAGACCUCGGUCACACGGCAGAGUCCCCUCGGUCACACGGCAGAGUCCCCUCGGUCACACUGCAGAGUCCCCUCGGUCACACUGCAGAGUCCCCUCGGUCACGGCAGAGUCCCCUCGGUCACACGGCAGACCUCGGUCACACGGCAGAGUCCCCUCGGUCACACGGCAGAGUCCCCUCGGUCACACUGCAGAGUCCCCUCGGUCACACUGCAGAGUCCCCUCGGUCACACUGCAGAGUCCCCUCGGUCACACUGCAGAGUCCCCUCGGUCACACUGCAGAGUCCCCUCGGUCACGGCAGAGUCCCCUCGGUCACACGGCAGAGUCCCCUCGGUCACACUGCAGAGUCCCCUCGGUCACACGGCAGAGUCCCCUCGGUCACACGGCAGAGUCCCCUCGGUCACACUGCAGAGUCCCCUCGGUCACACUGCAGAGUCCCCUCGGUCACACUGCAGAGUCCCCUCGGUCACACUGCAGAGUCCCCUCGGUCACACUGCAGAGUCCCCUCGGUCACGGCAGAGUCCCCUCGGUCACACGGCAGAGUCCCCUCGGUCACACUGCAGAGUCCCCUCGGUCACACGGCAGAGUCCCCUCGGUCACACGGCAGAGUCCCCUCGGUCACACGGCAGAGUCCCCUCGGUCACACGGCAGAGUCCCCUCGGUCACACGGCAGAGUCCCCUCGGUCACACGGCAGAGUCCCCUCGGUCACACGGCAGAGUCCCCUCGGUCACACGGCAGAGUCCCCUCGGUCACACGGCAGAGUCCCCUCGGUCACACGGCAGAGUCCCCUCGGUCACACGGCAGAGUCCCCUCGGUCACACGGCAGAGUCCCCUCUGUCACACUGCAGAGUCCCCUCGGACACGGUAG